CGCGUAGCUCUUGCAUCCUUGCGAUCCCGUUGGCUACAUCCUCUGUCAAUAACAACGGGCUCGUUUCAGGAAUGGUGGUCCUCUCGUAACCGCUGAAUGCUGUGUCAAUGCUGGUGUGCUGGUGUUUUGUAUUUUAAUCUAACGGAAAACAGGGAAUUGGCGAAUUUGGCGAAAUAUGUACGGAUUUGUCAACCACGCACUUGAACUUCUGGUGCUGAGAAAUUAUGGACCUGAUGUAUGGGAGGACAUUAAGAGAGAAGCUCAAGUUGAUGUAGAGGGACAGUUUCUCGUCAGAAUUAUAUAUGAAGAUGCCAAAACAUACGACCUUGUGGCUGCUGCAAGCAAAGUUCUGAAAAUAGAUGCAGGAGAAAUCUUACAACUGUUUGGAAAAAUGUUCUUUGAGUUCUGUCAGGAAUCAGGCUAUGACACCAUCCUCAGAGUGUUGGGCUCCAAUGUUCGUGAAUUUUUACAAAAUCUGGAUGCAUUGCAUGACCAUCUGGGCACCAUCUACCCUGGUAUGCGUGCGCCUUCCUUCCGCUGUACGGAUGCAGAGAAAGGAAACAACCUUAUUUUACACUACUACUCCGAGAGAGAAGGUCUCCAGGACAUCGUCAUUGGGAUCAUCAAGACAGUUGCACAGCAGAUUCAUGGAACCGAGAUUGAGAUGAAGGUAAUUCAGCAGAAGAGUGAAGAGUGCGAUCACAUUAAGUUCUUGAUUGAAGAGAAGGACUCAGAGGAAGAGGCGUUUUAUGAAGACCUGGAUGGUUUCGAGGAGAACGGAACUCAAGAGACACGAAUCAGUCCGUACACCUUCUGCAAGGCUUUCCCAUUCCAUCUGAUGUUUGACAAAGACCUCAUGCUCACACAGUGUGGCAAUGCCAUCUUCAGAGUUCUGCCACAGCUGCAGCCUGGCAUCUGUAACCUGUCCUCGGUGUUCUCUCUGGUGCGGCCGCACAUAGACUUCAGUUUCCAUGGCAUCUUGUCUCACAUCAACACCGUCUUUGUGUUGCGGAGUAAGGAGGGACUCUUGAACGUAGAGACUGCUGAGAGUGAAGAUGAACUCACAGGAACAGAGAUCAGCUGUCUCAGACUGAAGGGCCAGAUGAUUUCACUGCCAGAGACUGAAAACAUCCUGUUUCUGUGCUCACCAAGUGUUAUGAAUCUGGAUGACCUGACGAGGAGAGGUCUCUAUUUAAGUGACAUUCCCCUUCACGAUGCCACCCGUGACCUUGUGCUGCUGGGUGAGCAGUUUCGUGAAGAGUACAAGUUGACCCAGGAGCUGGAGAUCCUUACUGACCGACUGCAGCACACGCUCCGAGCCCUGGAGGAUGAGAAAAAGAAGACAGACAGGUUGCUGUAUUCAGUUCUGCCUCCCUCUGUAGCCAAUGAGCUGCGGCACAAACGGCCCGUACCGGCUAAGCGAUAUGACAACGUGACAAUUCUUUUUAGCGGCAUCGUGGGGUUCAAUGCGUUCUGCAGCAAACAUGCGUCUGCAGAGGGAGCCAUUAAAAUUGUCAACCUGCUCAACGAUAUCUACACCAGAUUUGAUAUUCUCACCGUUUCUCGGAAGAACCCUUAUGUCUACAAGGUGGAGACUGUUGGUGAUAAGUACAUGACAGUGAGUGGUCUCCCAGAGCCCUGCACCCAUCAUGCGAAAUCCAUCUGUCACCUGGCGCUGGACAUGAUGGAGAUUGCUGGGCAGGUGAAAGUGGAUGAGGACCCAGUGCAGAUCACCAUUGGAAUCCACACAGGAGAGGUGGUCACAGGGGUUAUAGGUCAAAGAAUGCCCCGCUACUGCCUGUUUGGAAAUACAGUCAACCUGACAAGUCGUACAGAGACCACAGGAGAGAAAGGAAAGAUAAAUGUGUCUGAGUACACAUACAGGUGUUUGCUGUCAGCGGAGAACGCUGAUCCUCAGUUUCAUUUGGAAUACAGAGGACCCAUAACCAUGAAGGGGAAAAAAGAGCCAAUGAAAGUGUGGUUUCUUUCACGUAAGACCUAACUGACAUCCAGUGGAGCCACAGCAAUGUCAUUGUCAUUUUGUUCUCAGCUGUCUCGUGUUUAUUCUGAAAUAUGUGAAUAGGGUUUAUUCAUCAAGAUCAUUUUAUUUUUCACCUCUGAGGGUCAGAUGUAGACACAGCGAAGAAUGUUCUUCAGUGCCCUCUGCUGUUGAAGUGCCAAUUUUUUCUGAUUCACAAAUAAUGAAACAUAAUGGAAAAGUAUUAAAGAAUGGAUAUAUUUUACAUGAAAAUAUGUAAAUGUUCGUCCAAUUUGGUCAGCUUUGAUGCUACAGUACCUGGAGUGCCAACUAUAUAAUUGAUUUAAGAUGGAACAUUAGAAUAAAUACAACUGGAACUUGUUAUAAAAAGACUUUUUCUAUUUUCAUCCUGUUUUGUUUAUCGUAGAGGAUGUGACAUUAUUCAAGUCACUAGCAAGUCUAGGAAAAUAUAAUUUCAUCACUGAGCAAAAAAGGUUAUUUUCAUUUUAUCACUUUUUUUGCUGUGUGUUGAUAUUGGAUAUAUAAUAAUAUUUAAUGUUAAUUAUAGUUAAUUGAACACUUACACUUUUAAAAACUUUUUUUAAAAUGUGCAUUAAUUAGGGAAUAAUC